UUCUCACUUUGUGUCUAAUUUUUUCAGACUAAAAUGUAAAAAUCUCUCGAUGUAUUUAUAAUUUUCACUCUCUAAUUGUAAUAUUAGCGUAUAUAUAUAAUCGUUUCGAUGGCAGAUUCUGUUUGUUCUGAUAGAGAAGCAGAGGUAAGAUGUGUACCUCCACCUCGUAUGAUGCCGGAGAACCAGUUUUUCAACCAAGCCACUUUCAAUUUAGCCAUGAACCAGUACCGGGCCAUGGAGUUCCUUCAGCAGCAAAAACAGUACCAGAUUAAAGUGGAGCCAGAGAUGAGUUUUUACAACUGCCAAAACGAGGAGAGUGAAGAUGAAAGCAGUAGUGACAAAUCCGACCGCAACUCUCCCACUGCCUUGACAAUCGACGAACAACCGCCCUCCAUUGAUACCAACAGUACAAAGAAAACACAAAUAUGCAACGUGUGUGGCAAGAUCCUGUCUUCCCCAUCGUCCUAUUAUGUCCACAUGAAAAUGCACUCAGAGAACAAGCCGUUUGCCUGCACCAUGUGCGAGGCUAGUUUCUGCCGUAAGCCGUACUUGGAGGUGCACAUGCGCACGCACACAGGAGAGAGACCUUACCAAUGUGAGAUCUGCCAAAAACGCUUCACCCAGAAGAGCAGUCUCAACACGCACAAACGUGUACACACUGGCGAACGUCCAUACUCUUGCGAUAUUUGCAAUAAAAGAUUCGCUGUGAAGAGUUAUGUCAACACCCAUCGCCUCAGUCAUGUGGGGGAUCGUCCUUUGGCGUGUGACCGGUGUAGCGUUGUCUUCACCUCUAAGGUUCACUACACAGAACACAUGCGGACUCACGCAGCCAGACACAUGUUUGGCUGUAAUGUCUGCGGCCGCACCUUCGCCAAGGACAGCUACCUCAUCCGUCACCACAACAGGGUGCACCGUGGCGACGGAGCCGUACCCAUGGCUGUACCUGCGGAACUCAACAUGGCCGGGUUUGAUAUGAGAAUGAGAACCAAUGCAGAAGAAAUCAGGUUACAAGAUAUUUUUAGGAUGAAACCAAUGCAAGACCUCGGAAUCCCAGAUUACCUCAGAAUGAAUCCCGAGACGGAAAUAGUUCCAUCGGUGCAAUGCUUCAAAGUCAGAGAGAGUAUGGUCGAAGAGAAACCAGUUGUUGAAUGCUUCCGGGUGAAAAUCAAUCCUGAGAGGAAAGUUGCCGCAGAAUGAAAUAAUAUUGAUAAGCUAAAUGGAAACAUAGGGUUCUCAUUGUAGUUUAAAUGCUUGCUGGAGUGUCAAAAGUAAGUAAAUGGCUUAAGUGAAGAUGUACUUUAUACAGGAAAAGUAGUGUGUGCUAUCUUUCUUUUUUUAUAAUUUGGGAUCAGCUUGUUUUUUUUUUCUUUUUGUUCCAUAAGCUAGCUUACCAUUUAAUUUAUGUAGGCCCAUAGCUUCAAAGUUAUAUUUAGUUGAUUAUUUAUUUAGAGCUACUAAUACUGAUAUUUUAGUUUUAUACAGAAGAACAACAGUAAGAGAGUAAGGUAAAAGAUUCUAGUCAAAGCAACUAUUAGUUGUGUAAAACUAAUGACUGAUAAAUUACUCUAUACCAAUGUAUAUACUAUAUAUAAAUUUAGUGUUCGUAGUUAAUGUACUAACAGUAAGGGAAUUUAUUGUUGUAAUAUAUCUUAUGUAUAUUGUCAAAAAAUAUUUUUGUGGAAUGAAUACCGAUCAUUUUUAUUUUAGUAUAUAACUUUUGUUCACAAUGAAUAAUGACAGUCAAAGAGUUUUUAUCAUUUCAAUUUUUGUAUUUCCAUCGAGCCUAGUUAGAGUCAGUAAACUAAAAACUAAACUCAGGCAUAUAAUUCCUGAUUUUGCAAAAAAAAUUCUGUGACCGCAAUCAUUGACUUUUGGAUACUGAUGUUCCAUUAAUAGAGUUGACUCCCUCUAAUCCGAACACCUUUUAACCGGACUACACUCGACAAGAAGUGGAAAAUAUUUAAACGACUGUUCUUGUGGGAAAGAUUUCAGACCAGUGAUCACGUUUCUAAAUGUAAUGUUCUUGUAAGUAAAAUAUUUGGAUUAGUUCUCGAGUUAUUCCAAAUUUGUAGGGAUGUCGGUUUAGCCGGAAAACCCAUUAUCCGGACUUGCCCUUGGUCCUGAGUAGUCCGGAUAAGAGGGAGUCUACUGUAGUCCAGGGUGCAAUUGAGGCGUGCCCAUGUUUCUCAGGAACUUCCUAUUUUUGAUAUUUUGUGAAAUUUGUACUAAGAAAUCAGACGAGUUUCACUACAAAUAACUUCCUUGAUGGUGAAUUAAUUUUAAUAUUUCAACCCUUUAAGCCUCAUAGUCAUUAGAAACCAUAAACAACACAACUAAUCCAUUUAUGGCAGUAUAGUAAAAAAAAUGGUCAACAACUGUGCUUGACGAGGCAAUUUGGAACCAAUAAGGUUGAAUGUUAGGUUUGAAGUAAUAAUGUUAGGUUCGAUCAUUGCAUUCAUAAGAUGCUGGAAACAUUAAAAUAGGCUUAAUCAAAUUACCCUCUUGGUUUAAAGGGUUAAAGUCCAUAGUAAGCCUAGAAGCAGUUUCUAUUCAAACUUGAUUAUUGACACAUUUUGGAUUUUGUGCUUUAAUUUUAUACCAGUGAUGUACAAACUAUCAAAAUAUUCAAAGACCAUGCUGGCAAUUUAAAGUACUGUAUUGUUUUAUAUCAUGAAUUACUAUACAAAUGUGCUAGGGACUUAAGUGGUUAAGGUAAAGAUCAAUUUUACAGCAUGUUGUCGUAUGUUACUUUAUUUAGGAGUUUUUAUUUAAUAAAAUAUACCCUUUUAAGCUGAUUAGUCAAAUGGGAGAAAUUAUUUUUAAAUGCAAUCAGACCUAAAGGGUGGGGCAGCAUAACUUCCUUUUUUCAAAGCUUAAUAAAAUGUAUUGUAUGAGUCGGGCAAACUUUAUUUGGUUUUUACAAUGUAAGUAAACUCCUAAAGUUUUGUUUUACGUAGUUUUGAAGAGUAAAUCAUGCAGGUGUUGUCCCCCAUUCUAGAUACAUUGAGUAUACCGAUUUUUGACGAUUUCUAGUGUUUGCCAUCACCAUUUCAAGCAUAGCAGGCGUUAUGUUGGCAAUUUCUUCCUGGAUCUUGUUUUUUUUUAUCUUCAAGGGUCCUUGGGCUGUCCACAUAAACGUGGGACUUCAAAAUCCCCAUAGAAAAAGUCGCAAGAGGACAAAUCGGGAGAUUGAGCCGGCCAUUGCAAAUCGCCCCUGAUUGAAAUAAGGCGUUUUGACAGUUCCUGCUCAAUCACCAUCUUUUAUGGAUGGAAAUGUAGGUCAUCAUGGAGAAUUCUCGUUACAGAACGAUUGGAAAGUCCAAGUGGAGACUCAUGUUUGAGCGCACAAGACAAAAACCCGCUUCUGUUUGAGCGCGUGUCUUGGUGUUUGCAACAUUGAAGCUCUCACUGCCUCAAUGUUCUCAGGUGAACUAAUGGGACUCCAGUUUUUUCGUUUUGUUUCACUUGCAGUUUGUCUAAACGUAUUGAACCACAUAACAAAUGAUUUGCGAUCCGGUACAAGUGCCAACGGGGCUAAAUUAAACCGAUUCUGAAAGGCGCGCUGGGUUGCGAUCACUGAACAUCCAUUUGAAAAGUAGGCCUGAACGGCAAACGCACUCUCUUCACUGUUCUAACGCAUAAUGACGACUAAGGACAAAACUUUAUAGCUUCGCCUCUCGAACGAGACUGCUACCUCUUCGCUAUGACAUGGACAAACAAAACAGCACACAUUAAAAAAAGGAAGUUAUGCUGCCCCACCCUGUAUAAUGAUUAAGUAAAAAACUUAACAUUGUUAAUUAACGUUGCAUUUUCAAAUUCAUAAGGUACUUAACUAAUAGUAAAGAAAUACUCUUUAAGUAGAUUGAAAGCCUAACUACAACCCAUUUCCAGCUUGGAUGUUACCUCGGUUUUUAUUUGACUCUUUAAGCUCAUUUUGCCAGUCAUACUAACCGUAUUGUCAAUUUAAACAGCUUUGACUAAUAUCAAUAUCAGCUGUCUCUGCCGUUUACUGACCACUUUUUCCAUGCAUCAGCUCAUUAGCAGCGAUUAUGGUGGCUUUUCCUCCACUAGCUUGGAAUAAUUUUAGUUUCAAAGUUGCUCACUAGUUCAAGUGAUCAAGUUUAUUCAAGUCGCUACAAAUUCUACGGUUAGUACAGCUGGGAAUCAAACCGAUUAAGACGACGUGAAGUUGGUCAAACAGAUUGCAAAGUUUUAAAUCGCUUCUGUUAACAUUAAUGUGAUUGAUAUAGGGGAGCAAUUGGUCUAGUUGUAGAGUGCAGGACUUUGGUCCCCGAAGUCCCAGGUUCAAAUCCCACCAAAUCAAUUGGAUUUUAUUCCAGUGAUUUAAAAAAAAUUUAAUGCCCCUAGCCCUAGCCUGAAGUAAUGUGAAAAACAAUACUGGGCUUGGGCCUAGCAUCCUAGAACAGAAAAAAUAUAUUAUAUAAGCUAAAACAUCAAAGUCAUAUUCCCAAGCUUAUUUAUAGUUUGACUUGAAGUAACAAUAGUUAUUAUUUUGUGUAACUAGUGUGCGAAGUGGCACUUUACUACACAUGAGAGAAAUAUUUACGAACAAGCCGCAGGCAAUGUUGAAAGUUUCUCGAGUGCAGCAAAGGCACUUUGCACUUGCGUUACACAUUAUAUUUUUCCUACGGUUACUAUAAAGCAUAUAAAUAAUUAGUCUUUCAUACACUAUACAAAACGUUUUUAGGUUAGGUUAAAUCCAAGCGUUGAAAUACAUGUGAAACGCUGCACCUGACUUAUGUAUUUAAAAUUGUAUCCAAUAUAUUGUAUUUUAUAUAAGGAUUUAAAGUUCACAAAUAUUGUAAAAGCAAUCACUGUAAUCUACAAAAAUAAAAAAUGAGAAGAAUUUUCAAGAGAAUUGAUUUUAUGAGAUAUUUAGAUUAAUGUAAUAUAAUAUAUUCAAUACAACAUUUCAUCUUCUACAAAAUGGAAAUAACCAGUUCUUAAAAUUUACUCAUGCAAAUAUUACGAAAUAUUUGAAUUUGAUAAGCAAUUAGAUUUUGGUAUUAAGUAAUAUUAUAAUUAUUUAUGACUAUGUUGCCCGGUAAAAUGUAUUUAUUUUAUGGUAUAUAAUCUUGGGAUAAUUCUUUAUAUUAUUCUUACUAUUGCCAAAUACAGUAUGAGUUAAGACUCAUGAUAUUUUCUCUAGUCAAUAUUAAUAUUGUUGAAUUUUAGUUUCUUUAUUAUUAGUUUGUUAUUGAUGUUUAAGUUGUGUUGCUAUUUAACAUUUAUGCAUUAAAUAUAA